GCCGCCCGCCCCGGCGCGCCCCGCGCCCCCCCCGCCGCCGCCCGCGCUGAGGGCUCGCAGGCAGCUCCCCGGCAGCUCCCCGCCCGCAUGUGUGCGUGUGCGCCUGCCGCUACUUUGUGCCGCGGAGAGCGCGCAGCCCAUGUGCUCUGCAUGGAGGUUGGCGGUACUCUGUGUCGCUUGAACCUCCGCGAGCAGGCAAGAUGUCCAGCGCACCACAUGACCCUUUCUAUUCUUCUCCUUUUGGCCCGUUCUACAGGAGGCACACGCCGUACAUGGUGCAGCCGGAGUACCGAAUCUACGAAAUGAACAAGCGGCUGCAGGCGCGGAGCGAGGAUAGUGACAACCUCUGGUGGGAUGCCUUUGCAACUGAAUUUUUUGAAGAUGAUGCAACCUUAACCCUUUCCUUUUGUUUGGAAGAUGGACCAAAGCGAUACACAAUUGGAAGGACCCUCAUUCCUCGUUAUUUUAGCACUGUCUUUGAAGGAGGUGUAACAGACCUGUAUUACAUUCUCAAGCACUCAAAAGAGUCAUACCACAACUCAUCCAUCACAGUGGACUGUGAUCAAUGCACCAUGGUCACUCAGCAUGGAAAACCCAUGUUUACCAAGGUAUGCACAGAAGGACGUCUUAUCUUGGAGUUUACUUUUGAUGAUCUUAUGAGAAUAAAAACAUGGCACUUUACUAUUAGACAAUACAGAGAAUUAGUCCCACGCAGCAUUCUAGCCAUGCAUGCACAAGACCCUCAGGUGCUGGAGCAGCUGUCCAAAAACAUCACUCGAAUGGGUCUGACAAACUUCACCCUCAACUACCUCAGGUUGUGUGUAAUACUGGAGCCAAUGCAGGAACUGAUGUCAAGACAUAAAACUUACAAUCUGAGUCCUCGAGACUGCUUGAAGACUUGCUUGUUUCAAAAAUGGCAGAGAAUGGUGGCCCCACCAGCAGAACCCACAAGACAACCGACAACCAAACGGAGAAAAAGGAAAAACUCUACCAGCAGCACUUCAAACAGCAGUGCUGGGAACAACGCAAAUAGUACCAACAGCAAGAAAAAGUCAGCUGCUGCCAACCUGAGUCUAUCAAGUCAGGUACCUGAUGUGAUGGUGGUGGGAGAACCAACUCUGAUGGGAGGCGAAUUUGGAGAUGAAGACGAAAGGCUUAUCACUAGAUUAGAGAAUACACAGUAUGAUGCAGCAAAUGGCAUGGAUGAUGAAGAAGAUUUCAACAAUUCACCUGCACUGGGAAAUAACAGCCCGUGGAACAGCAAACCUCCUGCUAACCAGGAGACUAAAUCUGAAAACCCCACACCACAAGCUUCCCAAUAGGUUAUUCUGCAGCAGUACCCACUGCCACCUAUGUCAGUGGGUUAUUAAUUACUGUUUCACAGCAUCCUUCAAAACAAUUUAAAGAAACCUUUCAAUGGAUACAGUAUCUAUUUCUAACCUAAAUCUAUCUGAUUUUUUUUUAAUUGGAGAAAAAUCUUGUAUAAGCUUCCAUAUACGUUUCCUGGAAGCUUUCACGUACAACAUGAUACUGGCACUGACCUCAAUUAAAAUAAUUGAAAAUUAAAUAGCGUCUCGUGGCAAAUUUCUGACAAUGCAUUCUAUUUUAGGGGUUGUUUUUUUCCUCAUCAAACAAUGGCCAUAUUUUACCAAAUCAUCAGUGCUCAGGAUCUCAUUAACGUAACUAUGUAAAACUUUUUACAAUUGUAAUAUAUUUUCUGCUUUUCAACUUGCACCUGAAAUUUCUUGUUUCAGAAAGAAAAAAACAGCUUUUAAGGAAAAGUAAUUUAAAGUAACUUUUGUUCUUUCUUUGACUUUUCUUUCAUUGGUUAAUCAUUUAAAGGAUCCAGCAUUUUUAAUUCACAUGUAGCUGAUGGCAGUAGAUACUCUUUCCAUCAUUUAAUGAAAAUACUGAAACAAGAAAUGUCUUUUUUUCAU